AUGAUAAAAUCAAUCACUAUCCCUCGUAUCAAUGUUGCAUCUCUGAUUGCUGCACCUGUACAAUGGUCUGACAAUUGCCAAGUUGCAAUAAAUGCCCGUACGGGUUUAGUGGUCCUAGAACCUAAGUUACCUAGAGUGUCACAAGAAGUAUUUGGCUCAAAGGGGACACUUCUGUUGAAAGGACUAUUUAAAGUUUCUCACCAAUUAGACUUUGAAAGUUUGAAGGAAGCAGUCGAUGUGUAUAAAAGAGGCCACACAGCUCAUCAAAUGGAGGUUGACAGCACCAGCGGUGACAAUCAUUUGAAACAAAAAUUUGUAUUUGUUGAACCUCUUUUGGUUCAGCAUAAGUGGUCUCCUGUUGAUCCAGUUACUAAGAGAUGCUUUCUAGCUGUUUUGUACAAUACUUAUGAUUUAAUAAUACUUAAGGAUGAUUUUUCUGUUCAUCGGAUGAUCGAAAAUGUCAAGACAUUUGCAUUUAUCAAUUACAGUAUGCUCAGCUAUAUUUCUGACGCUAAAAACUUGGUUCUUAUGUCAUUAGGGGACUAUAACGAAGAACAAGAUGUGUCAUAUGAAUUGGGAGGGGAGGAAGAAUUACAAUCCGAGAUGAAUGGAGAAAUUGUCGAAUUAUCGUGGAAUAAAGAUACUACUUCACUCGCUUUAACCACAUCUCUUAAUGGAGUUUGGUUAGUACAUUUCAGCGAUAGUUUAGAGUUAGAAAGUGGGCCCCAAAGAUUAGUAAAGGAAACAAGAUUCAGUAUUUCCAAAGUCCAGUGGGUCACGUUCGAGAGGGCCGAAUACCUUAUCGUUGCGCAAACCGGAAGGGUUUCAAUUUGGCUGCUAGAGAAACAGCAAACUGUAACUACGUCUUUUCAAAAUUAUGAGGCAAUUGCCGGGGUUUACUUUGAGUCAAAAAAUGAUGAUAUAAUAUUGAAUGUUGCAUUCGAUAAUGGGCUGAUUGAAUGCUUUACUUACACCGAGCAGCUGUUACUACCAAUUACACCAGACAAGAGCAAUGCUAUAGUAAAGCUUGUUAGCAAAUCGCUUUAUAAACAUCAAUUACUUUCAAAAUUAGAUACAAGUACGGGUGGAAAGGAAGAUUCUGUUGAAGGUCAGUUCAUUAAUGUGUCAACAAAUGUUAUAUUUGGCGGUCUUUUAUCAGUUGCGUACAAGAUAGUACCUAAAGGUGUCAUAAAUUAUACCAUUACUUCCAAGGAUUGUAUGGAAUUAGCAUUAGUACGAAUUAGACCUCUUGAAAAAGAUAUACCGGGCACAACAACCAUAGCACAAUUAAUACGCUUUUGGUUUGACAAAAGUGCCGACUUUCCCAAAUUUCCUAAUGAAGUUGAAGAAUUGGAUGGAUUUGUUGAAGCAAUUGGUAAUAUUAAACAGGAGAUGAUAGGGGUGAAACCAGAAAUUGAUUUGGAUUACCUAGGAAGUACGCCAAGCCAACAUAGUGGGUUGAAUAAAUUACAGCUUCAAUUUAAUUUCAACUAUAGUAUAAUCACAAGUGUACAAAAGUGGCUGCGAGAACCAGUUAUUUCAGAUAUUGUUUCAAAAUGGACAACAGAAAACUUGGAAAUAGUGACGGCAAUUAGAAAAUGGCUUAAUAGCCAUAUCCUUGAUAUGGUAACGAUGGAUAAAUUAAAUGAUGAAUAUGAUCAAUACAUUGUACAGAGUAUUUCAUCUACCCUGGGACAGCCAGUGACCAUUUCAGUUUCAAAUCAGUUUUUCACAGAGACUUUCACUGCUAAUUGCCUUUCACCCGAUACCAUAGCACUGGAAAGUGGACAUUUGUGGCCACGGUGUCAAUUAACACAAUUGCCAAUAUUGGAAAUGGAAAGCAAGACGGACGAAUUGGAAAUCAAUCACUACGGAGUCUACGACAGAAUUACCUCUAGGUCAUUAAUUUUGCGACAAUUAUUGAGUGAGAUCCAAUUCUGUUUAUUCACAGGAAACAGGCUUCUGUUAGAGGGUAAAUAG